AUGCUUCGCCUGCAGGUAACGAAACUGCUUGUCCUGAUGCACACCCUGGAGACAGAUUACCCGCCGGUCAAGAGCACCGCAGCCUGGCUUAAUGCUCGACCCUGGGUGAACCAGCACUAUCACAUUCGAUGUCCACCUCGCGUCCUCUCAAAACGAUCGUCACGCAAUCUGGUGGUCUUCUACAGUCGUGUCUUCAGUUGCGAAGUGCCCAAUCCACAUGCAGACAUCUCCCGGCUGGCUAGGUACCUCACCGGACAGGCUGUUGGUCUGGUCCUUGGCGGCGGUGGCGCCAAAGGCGGUGCACACGUCGGCAUCAUCCGUGCCUUCCAGGUUAGUUAA